AUGCAGCAGGAGUUGACAGCCAAGCUGCGCAGUUCCCUGAAUUCCUCAGAGGUCAACCUUUCCGAGUACCGAUCCAACUUGGAGGCCCAGGAAGCCAUGGAGUCCCAGCUGAGGAAGCAUGUGGAAAAUUUCCGAUCCGAGUCCAAGGAGCAGAAAAAGAUAGCAACGGACUUAAGGCUGCAACUGGCAGAGUCAGAGGAUGAGCGGAACGCCUCAGACACGGCUUAUCAGACCCUGCAGAGCAUAGAGACGGAACUGCGCGGCAAGCUUUCGGAAGAGGGGGAGCAGCUGUCUGAAUUGCACGCAGCCUUCCAAGUGCAGCAGUCCGUGAACGCUCAGCUGGAGCAAAGCUUGGCCACCAGCGUUUCCGAGUUGUCCCAGGCAAGAGCAGACGCAUCCAUGCAGGAUGGUCUUGCGAGGCAGCUAGAAGGUAAGCUCGAGGCAUCCGAGGCUUGUAAAGUCCACACGGAAGACAAGCUGCAACGGCAUGCAGACCGUGUGUCUGAGCUACAAGAGCAAGUUACCCUGCUGGAGGGCUCGCUGGCAACCGCGUUGUCUGCUUCCGAGCUUCAAGCUGCAGCAACCACAGAGCUACAGCAAAGCUGCGACCAUCUGCAGGAACAGAUGCAGGGGCUUCAGUCCGAGCUUCGCGCGAAAACAGAAGUUGCGGAACAGCAGCUUAACAGCGAGAUUGAGCUGAAGGACCUAGCUGAGCGACAGCAGGCCGAAAUCCUGGAGCUGCGACUGCGUGGCGAAGCGAAAGAGAGCUUGGAGGCCGCAUUGAAAGAGAAGAAGAUGCAAGAAGUGGAGAUGAAGCACAGUGCUGCUAUAGCCGAAGCAGAGAUCGCGGGUGCUCGGAACAGCGCCAAGGCGCAGCAGAAGCUCGUGGGCGAGCUCAGGAACUGCCUUCGGGACACGGAGGCAGAAUCGGCGAAGGCUCUGGCGAAGUUUAAGGAGCAACAGGAUCGGCAGGAGCAGCGCCAGAAAGAAGCCGAAGAUCGCUUGGCAGCGGCCCAGACGGAGCUUGUCUCUGCCGGUCAGCGUGUGGAAGACCUGGAGCAGCUGGCGCUGGAACAGAAAACCCGCUUCUCCAGCUUGGAAGGUGAUUUGGCAAAAGCCCGCUGCCAGGAGAAGGUGCUCCAAGAAGCUGCGGAGGAUCUGAGGUCAGAUAUAUCCAAGAGAGAAGGAGCAUUAUUGCAGUCCCUGGCAAGCUCCGAAGUGCAUCAAGCCAGCGAGGCUGCACUUCGAAAAGCCCUGCAUACCCAAGAAAAAAUCCUGGCAGAUGAGAGGGUGGAGCAUGAUGCGACCCUGAGACAGCUGGCCGAGCGGGCAGCUCAAGUUGAAGAGCUGCAGCAGAACCUUGCAGAGCUGCAGGCAGGUCAGCAGAAAUUGGAGCUGCGCCUGCGGCAGACACAGACCAGUACAGAUGCCAAGCUUCGGGAUGCGGCUUCGAUUGAAGCAUCGCUUCGAGAGAAACUCCAGGACGCUUUCCGGAAUAUUUGA